UUAAAGAAAUGGCUUUCUUUAUAAAGAAGAUAUGAAACAAAAUAAGGAAGACUUGUGCCUCUCUGAAGUUCAAAGGCUGAGUCUAUCGUCUGAAUGAGGAUUAUAUGGUGCUCAGCUGUGUGUCCCUCCACUGCAAUGAUUGGCAUGCUACUUCUCUGGGCUUUCACAGAUGCCUCAGUUGCACUCUCUAUAAUUUCAUUGCAGAACCCAGUCCGGGUCUUCUCUGGUCAGACAGCUGUCCUCCCCAUCUCCCUCCAGUUCCAGAACCCAGCAUGGGAAUUCUACCAUGUCAAGUGGGAUUUCAUCACAGGGAAUCGUCCUGUCUUGGUCUACAUGGUGGACCACUGUACUGGAGCCCCAGGGUCACGGGAGCGCACCUGCCAGCACAGCCUGGAGCAGGCGGGAUUUUAUCAGCAGCGGGCGAAUGUCUCCUUCGAGAGUGCUUCGCUAGUGCUCAAGGGCGUGCAGCCAGAGGAUGCGGGGACGUACCAGAUAACGGUACGAAGCUUGGAUGUAUCGGGCACUGCGCUAGUGAACCUGACUGUGGAAGGAAAAUUUGCCUGGAAAAGCCUCAGCCCCAUUAACACUAUCCGUAUGGUCUUUGCCUGCCUGGUUCUCUGCAUUUUGGCACUGAUAGUUAGAGAGUAUAUUCAUGCAUCAGGCAGCAACAUCGCUCAGUGUGAGGAGACACUGGGUCCACCCGAGACGCCAGAUGGAGGUGCACCCCUGGUUGGGGCCACACAACACAUAAUUGUUGUUUCAUCUACUUCAGCUUCCUUCCACGGACAAUGAGCAGCACCAAAUGCUUCAGAGAGAGGAGGAAAAUGCCUAUAGUGCACCAUGUAUGAUUAUUUCUUUACUUCCUGCUUGCAGCCAAUCUAUCAUUUAAAGUCCUGAAGCUGGAGUUAUCCAUAUAUCAUGAAACGAGAUUGGCAUAGAAAUGUUAUUUCCCCUCGUUUUAUUAGCCUUUUAAAAAACCUUCCCACAGUAUUUGAUUCUUUAACCUCCUAAUACAGCAAG